AUGAACGACGUGCUAAAACUCCAACGAUUGCCCGUUCGAUUGCCGAACAUUAGCCAAGAGCAAUGGGAUGACUACAGGGGAAUCUCUGUGAACUUCUCGUAUGGAGGGAGACUUCUCUCUCGUCUACUCAAUAGUUGGAAUCCCUCCGAAGUGUCGAUUACCGUGUUUGUCACCUAUGCGAUGUCGAUCGGCAUCCCUCAUCUCGAUAGCAUGAUCCCAUUGGUGGGUGUCACUUCGGGAACUCUUUGCGCUCUCGUCUACCCGCCACUCUUCGAGAUCAUCACUUUUUGGGAUGAAUGGAAGAUAACAAUACCUGUGAAACGCCAAUCAAUUCUGUUAACCCCGUUU